AUGAAGCCCGUAUUAGGAUCCUUGUAUGAGCGUAUUCGAAUACACAUAGAGACUCAACGUGCGUCAGCUACUUUACUGAAGCUUCAGAACAGCGGCAAUGAUAUGUAUAAAACACACAACCCUAGUAGUUUUUGUUCGGCUGACAGCGAAGAAGAUGAUUUAUUGCAGUUUUUAAAAGAUGUUCAGCAAACAAGUCAACAAGCCUCUGCAUUAUUGGAUGAUCUCUUCUUCACUAGCCAGUCUGUCCAUAACAUGGAACUACGGUACCUCCAACAUUUGGCUGGCACAUUAGCACUGCACCAUCAAAAUCGAAUUAACAAUGAAGAAGCAGUUGCUAUAUUGACGCAUAUCCUAAAUAAAAUAGAAUUGCUUCUACAAGAGGAGGUUCAUCAUGAGACUGAGGUGACUAUAAAACAGCAGCAACUGACUGUCAGUUCUUCGUCGAUGAAAUCAACCUCUUGCGCUUCUUCUGUGUCCUCUUGGUCCUCGGCGUCUAACUCUGUAUUGUCCAAUGAUGAUACUGUUGAUACAGCAGCCACAGCUGUCACAUUUGGGUUUAGCGGUGCAGAGGGAGGAUUGUCAUCAAGCCCUUCGGCUAACAGUGGCAUUUCUGUGUUGGUACAAAAAAUUGAACAAGCACUUGAAAAAUUAAGAGUUUGUUACAGAAAACAGCAACAAGAGAAACUCAUGAAUGGUAAUAACAAAAGAAACCCACCCAUUUCUGCAGCUGAAGAAGAGCUUGCUCGCCAACGCGAACGUAGCGCUCAUUUAGUCAUGGAACUCGAACGCAGUCGUUCACAACGCAAUCUACUGAUGAAAGAUGAGAAAACCAUCGUCUGUCUUAAAAGCCAACUGCAGCAAGAAGCCAAGCAACGGCAAUCGUUGAUAGAACGGAUAGCUUCUCUUGAAGCAUUGGUUAAUACAUCAGCCGCAGAAAACACUGAGCAGUCAAAGAAGAUGAAGGAGGCAGCAGAAGAACAGAUACGAAAACACAAGCAGGAAAUUGAACAACAGAGGGAAAGAGUAGCACAACUAGAGCUGCAUUAUCAAGAAAAGCAAAAAGAACUGACGGCAGUGACAGACAAGUAUGCGGCAGAAAAACAUACUUGGACAUUGACAGAGCAACUCAUAUUGAAGAAAUGCAAUAUCGUCUUUGAUAACGAUAAUGAAAGUAGUAGUACAGAUUAUAAAGAAGCUGUCACUAAAUUGGUAGAUCGAUAUAUGGCUGAAAGGCAGAAAGUGAAGAGUCUCAACCAGCAACAAAAGGCUGUGGCUUCCAAAAAAGAGGCUGAAGAAAAGAAAGCAGCGACUGCCGAGCUUGAAAAGCAAGCUUUACUGGAAGAAAAGCAAAAGAUUGAACAUAUGAAACGUUUAAUAGAGGAAGAGAAGGAUGAUAUAAAGAGUCAAAGAGCAUCACUGAUGAAAGAAAAAGAGUUUCUGAAACAGUCUAAACAGCAGAUCGAAAAAGAAAAGCAGCGGCUGCAUGCUGAAAGGAGAACAUUUGAGGAAGAGAAGCUCAAGUUUGAGAUGCAUAAAAAAGUAUCUGUCACAGCGAAUGUUGAUGAUAACGCAGGCGUUAUGUCAAAAGCAGAUUCUGUGAAACAACUUGAAGAGCUGCGUGAAGCCUUUAGACAAGCACAACACAUAUACACAACGCGAGAAUCUGCCUUCAUGCUACAAUCUGCUAGUACAGAGGCUGAAUUAGAGCGUCUUCUAAAAGAGUAUGAUCGACUUACACGGAAUAUUGUGGAUUUUAACACGGAACGCAAGAAAUUUGAAGAUGAAAUUGAAGGGUUACAUAAAGAGAAGUUACAGCUGGAAAAGCAAAUAGCAGAUCAACAAGUACUGACAAUAAAGGAGAGCAGCUUAAGAAAGGAGUUUCGUGAAUUGAUGUCUACAGUGAAGGAUACUCAUACAGAAGCUGUUUUAAAAGAACUCGGGAAGCAAAGACAACUGGAGCAAGAAUUAAAAGAUGUAAAGGCUGAUGCUGAGAUGAAACGCUGGGAUCAAGUGAACGUUGGAGUUCAAACUAGUUUUGACUUUGCAAGCACUAUGAUGCCGUUUCAUUCGUCGACAUUGCUGGGCAAUGAACGAAGUGAAUAG